GGAAACAGGAUGAAUUUGACCAGUGAAAAGUUGCCCAAGAACCCCUACUAUGCAUCAGUAUCUCAGUAUGCUGCCAAGCAUCAGAAGUUCUUUCACUGGAAGAGGGAAAAGCCCGAUCAUUACACCCAUGCUGAUUUGGUGGAUAAGGCAUUGCAGCUCCUGAAGGAAAGAAUAAGAAGAGGGGAUGCUCUGGCAUAUUUUCUAAGAGGUCAACUAUAUUUUGAAGAGGGGUGGUAUAAAGAAGCAUUAGAACAGUUUGAAGAAAUCAAAGAGAAAGAUCAUCAAGCAACUUACCAGCUAGGAGUGAUGUAUUACGAUGGGCUCGGGACCAUUACAAAUGCUGAAAAAGGAGUGGAAUAUAUGAAAAAAAUUCUUGACUCUCCAUGUCCCAAAUCGAGACACUUAAAGUUUGCUGCUGCUUACAACCUUGGAAGAGCUUACUAUGAAGGGAAAGGCGUUAAAAGAUCUGAUGAGGAAGCUGAAAGACUAUGGCUUUUUGCUGCAGACAAUGGAAACCCAAAAGCAAGUGUGAAGGCUCAAAGCAUUCUAGGAUUAUACUAUUCAACAAAAGAACCCAAAGAGUUAGCAAAGGCAUUUUACUGGCAUUCAGAAGCUUGUGGCAAUGGAAAUCUGGAGUCUCAGGGUGCGCUUGGUAUCAUGUACUUUCAUGGACAAGGCAUCCGCCAGGACACCCAAGCUGCCCUACAUUGCUUGCGAGAAGCAGCAGAGCGUGGAAAUGUCUAUGCACAAGGGAAUCUUGUGGAGUAUUACUACAAGAUGAAAUUCUUUACGAAGUGUGUUGCAUUUUCCAAAAGGAUUGCUGACUAUGAUGAGAUCCACGAUGUCCUCAUGAUCUCCCAGAUCACAGAUUGUCUCCCAGAGUUCAUCAGCAGAGGCAUGGCAAUGGCGGCCUUCUACCAUGCACGGUGUCUUCAGCUUGGUUUAGGCAUCACAAAAGAUGAAACAACAGCUAAAUUAUAUUAUUCUAAAGCUUGUCGUUUGAACCCUACAUUAGCAGAGGAACUGCACUCUUUACUUAUUCAUCAGAGAAUUUAG